UUUGCCUACGUCAACGCACGCACGCACGCACGUACGUACGUACGCAGUUCUUACCCGGCGACAUCUUGUGCCUCGAUUCUUGCGUGUAGUGCGACUCGACACACGUCUAGUCGUAGUUGCUCCGAAAGCGCGACGGUCCUUUACCGAAACGGAGCGCGUUUCGGUAAACCACACGAUCGCGGAGUGUAUUUCGCAUGGCCUGUGAAGGCGCCUGAAGGCAAAUACCUGUGUAAGUCCGCCGACUUUCGAGCCAGCCGAGUUGAGUCUUGUUUUUCGUUUCGUUUUAAGACGGUGUCUUCAGCACGUCCUUUCGCGCGUUUUGCAUUUCCAACGCACGCCGAAUCACGAUUCACGGACUGGAGAUUAUUCACGCGAGACGCCACGAUGAUUUGUUAGUGUAAUCAGGAUCCUUCCUCCGCUCCGUCUCGCGUGUUUCGUGAAACAUGGUAACGUGGUAUCGUAGUAUCGCCGGGACUACGAGGGAACUCCCGUUCAUUUUCGCCGUCAUAAUUGGAGUGUGACGCAUCCGAAGUCUAACCUCUUACGCGUCGCGUCUAAUUCGUCGCGCGCUCGCGCCACGUUGUUGACAGUGUCCUCGGAGUACCACCUGUGGAUCUCUUUACGUUUACCUUAUAUUAGUAUAUAAUACAAGUGACAGUGACACCCAUUUGCGACACCGAAGCUGUGAGAAGUUGUCGGCAAUGCCGGUGACGAUUGAAGGCGCGCGAGGGUCUCUGGGAGAAGUCUCGCCGUAAACGCACACGUUCGCUGGCGAUUAAUCGCGAAUCGAUUGAUGAUGACCAUGUUCGGCACUCUCGUGCAGAGGCUCACCUCGCCGGUGACCUCGCCGACGAGCCCGCGACGGCGCUACAAGUCGCCGCCGUUGCGCUGGGAAGUGCAGAGCGACCCGGAGGACGACCCGGCUGCGCCCGUGAGGAAAUCCAGGGCCAAGCAUCUCCUCGACAAGCGCAAGAGCAAGAGCAGGUCGCGCGGACUGCACUCCUCGCAAUCGGACCACCUGCAGAUAUGUAACUCCGGCAACGGUAGCUGGCACGAUAUCGCCUUUCCACCAUUGCGAGGUACCAAGAGUCUCGGCAGGCUCGACGGCAUGAAAGAGGUGCAAAGGCUCGCCGAUUACGAGAGGUACCUGGGACAAGAAGCAAGGAGCUUGAUAGAUAGUGAGUGCAUUGACAGCGGGUCGGUCCUCCAUCGUGGACAGUUAGAGGGUGACCUUCAUCGUAUUCAAGAAUUGUUCCCCGGUGACAAUUUGCGGCUGCACGAGCGAGACGUUGUCACUACGAAAACAAAAAAUAUGUUACGUAAAAGAAAUGGUAGUACUCCAGUCAGGCUAACAAGAGGACUUUCUCAAAAAACUCUGGAUACCACGGAUAGUACUUCAUCUCCAACGAAAUCGCCGACUAGGACUUUUCUUUUGGAAACGCCAGUUCAGUUCACCACGGGCAUGCAAUCUCAAGAAAGGCACCUCUUCCUCUUCACUGACCUUUUGCUUAUUGCGAAAGCCCGUAGCAGCGGGAACUUUAAACUGAAGCAAAUUGUAAAAAUGAGUGAGCUCUGGCUCACGGCCGGUCACAUAGAAGACGUGGCAGAAACCAGCAAAUCCGCUGAAACCAGCUUCGUCAUUGGCUGGCCUACUACAAACGUUGUAGCGACUUUCAUGACCGCCGCAACGCGAGAUCUCUGGUGGGGACGUUUGAGUGAUCUCGUGCAAAAGGAGAGCAUGAAGGAGCCACCAGAGACGAACAUUCAAGUCGUAUAUCAUGACAACGACACGCACACCGACUACUUCAAGACAAUCAAGGCCCGUUCCGACAUGACAGCGCAUGACUGCGUGAAGGAAGCGACACCGCUGUGGGGUCUUCAAGGACCCUUCCAGCUUUGGGCUCGAACGUUCCCAGACGAACCACCAUAUCCGUUGAUAGGACACGAGCGACCAUUCGCCGUGAAGAUGUCACGUUUACGACAUAUGCUAUCGACAGAUGAGGGUUUCGAUCUGGUGCACAUCAACAAUAGCGGCGUCGACUUGUGCCACUUCAUUCUCAGACCCGUGAUGAAGACACCCGCGAAGAAGAACAAUCGGUCGAAAAUAACGGGCUUACUGCGUCGCUCGUUGUCGUUAAAUACAAACCUUUUUGGUGUACCUCUAUCACGAUUGGACGAGAAUGGCCUGCCCAAACCCGUUCUCGUGAUGUUACAGCAAUUAUUCGCGAAAGGUCCUUUCAUGCAGGGAAUAUUCCGCAAGUCCGCAAAUGUUCGAAUCGUUCGAGAGUUGCGAGAACAGAUCGAGUCCACAGGAGAUCCUAGUUGUCUAGAGGAUGCUCCAAUUAUAGCAGUGGCAGCUUUGCUGAAAGACUUCUUGAGAUCUUUGCCGGAUCCUCUCUUGACCUUCCAUCUAUUUCCCCUCUGGAUGGACAGUUUAAACACGCCGAAUCCUGUCCAAACCAUUAAAAGCAUUUUAGAUAGGCUACCGAGGGCGAAUUUCACAUUACUGUCGCAUUUAAUUUGUGUACUGCAUCAUGUGGCAAGGCGAUCGAAACGUAAUCUCAUGUGCGCCAGCAAUCUUGGCGUUUGCUGCGGUCCGAGUUUGCUUUGGUCCUCGAAUCCGUCGGUGAAUCAGAGUAGAGCGAUUCCGACAAUCACGGAAAUGUUAAUACGUCACUGUGAGGAUUUGUUUGGCACCAGUGUCACGCAGCUUCUCGGAGAAGAUACACGCAGCGACAGUGGAGCCGAGGAAAGUACCGACAGUCUUCACUCAGGUGGAAUAUCCUUGGACAGUCUGGAGCUAACAGAAGCACCACGUAGAGAUCCUAUGUCUUUGUCAAGGGACUCAGGCUUGACCUUAUCAGAUUGCCAAUUAUUCAUCCCGGAAUCGCCCGUAGGCUCAGAAGAUUCUGCCCCAAAUGCCCCAUCGUCUACCAAUUACGAGAAAUCUUUUGCGAAAGAGGAGAAGUCUAAUAAUAAAACCUACAUGCCAGUUUAUAGAUGCGGAUGGGAGGAAAGAUUGAAUGGUUACGGAUCCAGCAAUCAUAAUCAUACGAGUAAUACAGAGCACAACUUCAGAGAGGAAAAGACCAACGGGUGUUACCCCAAUCCGUCUCAAUCAUCUAAUUUCCAACGGCAAGAUUGGUUGCGGGCACAACUUAAAAGAACACCCAGAACGAACAAAUUGGACGAACACGAGCACAGAAAAGAGAGAUUUAAUGACAAGGACACAUAUGAUAGGGAGUAUCUUAGACAGGACACGAUGAAAGAAAAUGUGGAGAACUGUAAGACUUAUCGAAGCAGACAAUUAAACGUAAGCUAUGAUAUAUUAACGGAGGAUUACAAUAAUAAAAGCUUGCAACAGGACAUCCGAAGCGCCGAACGGGUAUCGAUUCAUGAUUCGGAGCAGGAUCUAACGAGUGGUGGCGAUACACCUCGCUCUGGUAGCGAUUGUUAUGAGUUUAAGAAAGCUAAAUCCUCCGAGGUACAAUACGUGAGUCUGGAGUCACCAAUGUCGGAAAAAGAGCGCCGUCGUCAAGCCCGCGACCGUGAAUUAUACGAUGACUUUGUUAGAGUAAAGGCAAUAUAUAUGGAAGCGCUUAAAUACUGCAAAAGUAAGGAAUCAAAUGGUGAAUCUGACGGUAAAAUUACAUAUUGCGAUGAGAGGAGUCGAUCGACUGAAGUUUAUGGAACUUCGGAUGUGAACGAUUCCUAUAAAAGUGUAGUCGACCUCAGCGAGGAUGAACAGGAGGAAAGAACUACAUGGCCAGACACACCGCCACCAUUGCCGCCAAGGCUCAGACACCUGCCACCGGUGCACAUGAAUCUCGAGGACAGGCAUAAAGUGGCGGGUAGGUCCAGGUCUCUACCACCGCCACCGCCUUAUCGACCACCACCGCAACCUCGCGCUCCUAUUACGACGAGGCAUCUAGGAUUCGGCAGAUCCGUCGUCGACGAUGAGAGCUAUGUCUGAGAACAAAUGUCGAAUUCUCUACUGGUUCUUAAUUAUCGAAUAUAUCUCUAUUCCUCUCAUUAUCCCGGCGUGUAUAAUGUCUAAGUCGUAGAGUCGCUACGAUGAUUGAACCUAGUCCAAAUCGAAACAUGUAUCGGGAUAAAGAGAUGGCGUUUUUAAAUCGCGCCGUCGCGAUUUUUCGUUAAGAGCGAUGAGUACUUAUCGUCCUUUUUUGAUCAAACUUAGAGAUAGCGAGAUGAAUGAAACAAAGUCAGACGGCGAAAUGCAAAAUUCGCUGUUUAUUCAUAACCGCCGAUAAUAGAUCUUGGCCCGUGUUCUUGUCGCGUUUUCGAUAUUGUGUUCAUUCGAUAUAUAUUUUGAUUUGAAUUUUUUGCAUAAACAGACGAAACUUUGAUUCAGAUGAGACACAUUUGGAAACAUCACCCGAGUGGCCCAGUGUAUCAUUUUAUUCUUGUUAAUUUAAUGAAUUGUUUAAUGAACAAUAAGAAUAAAAUGACAUACAAGGGGAUUUAAACAGUAUUUUCGAACGUAGCUAUGGUAGUAUCAAGACUAAACACUACGCUAAAUCGAGAAUUCGGGCCUGCGAUUGUCAUUCAGUGAUUCAGGGUGCUUCCACGAGUGUUAAUUCAUAUUAUGUUAGUAGGUUUAAUAUUUGUAUUUAGCUAACUAAGAAGCAUAGACUAAACAAACGGACAAUAUAUAAGUAAUUCUUUUCUCACAAAUAACGUUUAUAAAAACAUUAAUGAGAGAUGAAUUUUCUAUAAACAUUCAAAGUUUUGUGAAAAUACAAUCUGAUGCUGCUUGUUAGCGGCGCAAUAAAAGGCACAAUCAUGCGCGCGACGAUCAUGUAACAUUCUGUAUUAUAUUUUUUAUUUUUAAACAGAAAAUCUUUUAUUCUUAUAAAUUAAUUUUAACGGAUGCGUUCUUCAAACCGAGUGCCCUUUUCUAUCGAUGCAACAGCGCGUUUAUGUUUUAAGUUUAUGAAAAGCCAAGACCAUGUUGUGGGAACAAUCAUAACGAUGACGUUAUGUAGAAGAGAACUCGUUUUCUAAAGAACAUUGUAAGAUAUUUCGUUUUGCGCACUCAUAACUGAUAUCAAUUUAAAGCUGACUGUAAGUUAAGAAAGUUCACUUUUUUCUAGUGUCAUUUUUUUUUUAAUGGCUUUGUUAACAACGCAUUAGUUGUGUUUUAACAAAAUUUGUUUGACAAAAUUAUCUCUUCAAUAUUUUCUUUUUCAGAUAUGCCUAUUUGCCAGAUUUUUCCUUAUUUGCAUUGAAUAAUAAUCUUCCUCGUAAUUAACAAUGAUAAACUUUGUUUCUCUGACAAUUGUAACAUGAUUUGUAAUUAUAAAAUAUUGUGUGCGUGAAUACAAUUAUCUUCUAAUACGAUUAUCUUCUUAACGGCUAUAGAAUACAAGAAGUGUUGAAGUGUUGUAUACUAUGCGACUUUGCCGUUCUUUGUAUAUAUUAAAUUGUAAACUCUGUCAUCUUUUAUAUCAUUGAACUUAUGGUACAAUGUGUAACACCCAUAAGAUAUGUAUACUUAUCUAAAUUA